AUGGAUCGGUACCUGCUCCUCGUCCUCUGGGGAGAUGGAAAAGUCCCCGCGGCUGUUGGGGGUGCGGAGGCCGAGUGUGGUCCUGAGAUGUCGUCGCGCGAGGGGGCCGAGAAGAAGCCGGACUUAUCAGCAGCAAAUGUUUAUCAUCUCUUGAAAAAAAGCAUUAGUGCUUCAGUUAGUCCAGAAGAUAGUACUUUCCCUGCCUGUUCAGUGGGUGGAAUACCAGGCUCCAAGAAGUGGUUCUUUGCGGUGCAGGCAAUCUGUGGAUUUUAUCAGUUUUGUAGUUCUGACUGGGAAGAGAUCCAUUUUGAUGUGGAAAAAGAUGAAAUUGAAGAUCUUCUUCAAACAAAUAUUGAAGAAUGUUUGAAUGCUGUUGAGUGUUUUGAGGAAGAAGAUACUAAUAGCAGGGAAUCGACAUCCUUGACUGACCUUUAUGAAGAAUCUGCAGAAAAUUUGCAUCAGUUAUCUGACAAGCUUCCUGCUCCUGGUAGAGCAAUGAUAGAUAUAAUACUGUUGCCCUCUGACAGAGAUCAUCCUAAAUUGAAAGACUGUCUACCUGCUAUCGGAGCAUUAAAACAUUUGAGGGAAUGGUAUUCAGCAAAAAUUACAAUGGUGGGAAAUCAAUGUGAAAUAAAUUGUCAGAAAAUUGCAGAGUACCUUUCUGCUAAUAUUGUCUCUUUAGAACAUCUCAGAGAUAUUAUUGACUCAAAGGAGUUAUGGAGGGGAAAGAUUCAGAUAUGGGAGAGAAAGUUUGGAUUUGAAAUUAGUUUUCCUGAGUUUUGUUUAAGGGGAAUCACACCGAAGAAUUUUACUCCAUCUGAUUUAAAUACUUGCUCUCUUGCCAAAAAGAGAGUACUGUUGAAGGAUAAGAAUAUUUUGCCAAAGGUUUUCCACUAUUAUGGCCCUGCUUUGGAAUUUGUGCAGAUGAUAAAGUUAUCAGAUUUACCUUCCUACUAUAUGUCAGACAUUGAAUUUGACUUAGGAUUGACAAGAAACAACACCAAACAGAACUCUGUGUUGCUGUUGGAGCAGCUUUCUUCUUUGUGUGACAAGGUUGGUGCUCUUUUUGUACUGCCAUGUACUAUUAGUAGCGUAAUUAUUCCACCUCCCAGCCAACUUAGUUCCAGAAAAUGGAAAGAAUAUCUAGCUAAAAAGCCCAAGACGAUCUGUGUUCCAGAUGUUGAAGUGAAAGGAGAGUGUUCUAGUUAUUAUCUCUUGUUCCAAGGUAAUGGCAGUGGAAAAUGUAAAGCCACAUUGAUUUAUUCUGCCAACCAGAUCAAUGGCUCAUUUGCACUCAGUUUAAUUCAUGGACAGAUGAAAGCAAGGGCAGAAGAAACCAAACUGAGUUUUCCUUUUGACUUCUUGUCACUUCCACAGCUUUCUGGGGAGCAACUUAUAAAGAGAGAGAAACAGUUAGCUAAUGUGCAAGCUUUGGCUUUGAAAGAGUACCUGAAAAGGAGAAAGUUGGCAAAAGAGUCUGAAGUCAUUUCUAUUGAUGAGCUCAAAAGUCUACUAAUACUCGCAAGAGAGCGCUUUUUAGAUCAUUUUAAUAAACUGAUUCCUAAAAUAGUUCCAGCACAGAGAGAAAAAAUGGAAACCCCAAAGGUACUAAGUGAUGUCCCAGUCGCACCUGUUUCCUCAAGUUUAAUGGAGAGUAAUCCCUUAGAAUGGCCCGAAAGGCAUGUUCUUCAGAAUUUGGAAACUUUUGAAAAAGCCAAACAGAAAAUGAGAUCUGGUUCAUUACCUCGUUCAUCUGAACAAUUGCUGGGCCACAAAGAGGGUCCACGGGAUUCUGUCACAUUAGAUGCUAAAGAAUUGCUGAAAUUUUUUACCUCAGAUGGAUUGCCAAUUGGAGAGCUGCAGCCUUUACAGAUUCAAAAGGGGGAAAAGACUUUCAUCCUGACACCAGAACUUAGUCCCCAGAAACUUCGGGGUUUGCCUUUUGAAAAAGCUUCAGUAUGUCAUUACCAUGGAAUUGAAUACUGCUUGGAUGACAGAAAAGCCUUGGAGAGAGAUGGGGGAUUUUCCGAGCUGCAGUCUCGUCUCAUUCGAUAUGAAACCCAGACCACCUGCACCCGGGACAGCGUCCCAGUCCCCACCGUGCUGAGCCCGCUGCCGUCCCCCGCCGUCCUGUCCGAGCCUGGCAGUGUCCCAGAUGGGGAAGCCCUGCAGAGCGAGCGGCGUCCUGAGGGGGCCCGGCUGAAAAGAGGGGCGAAGGAUGGGAACUGUGCUUACCCCCGCAAAAGAUUUGUGAAAUCAGAAAGUUCAGAUUCUCUUCUUUCACAUACGAGCUGCGGUAGUCACCAGCUUCCUGCAGUGACCUCCAGAACCCCCCAGGCAGAACGAUCAGCCUGUCCCUCUGCUGCAGGUCUCAGCUCUAAAACUCCAAAAGCCACCACCACCAAGGCCAGUUCAAGACCAAAAGGUGCCUGUGAAUCAAAACCCUCGAGGCAGAUUAAAGAAUCAAGAUCACAGAAGCACACACGGAUACUGAAAGAAGUCGUUACUGAAACCCUGAAGAAACACAGUAUUCCCGAGGCUCAUGAAUGUUUCACUGCAUGUAGCCAGCGUCUCUUUGAGAUCUCCAAGUUCUAUCUAAAGGAUCUUAAAACUUCAAGAGGUUUAUUUGAAGAAAUGAAGAAGACAGCAAACAAAAAUGUUGAGCAGGUGAUUGAAUGGGUCUUAGAAAAAACAAGAAAGAAAUAACAGAGUGUGCUCUUUGGACAAUUAAAAAUCAAGAAGACUAUUUUUUACUACUUCCUUGGUUUGAAACUAAUGAUUUCAGACUUUAUUUAAAG